AGAUCGGGAAUGUCGGGGCAGGUUAGGUUCCGGGCGGAGCUUUCCCCUCAGGAGGAACCUGAGCCUCCGCUGAAGCCUUCUGAUUUGGGCGUUCCGACGAGCACUUUGAGAGCUGGACUUGGGGCCUUAGGGUUUCUGGAGGCCGCGUAUCUCACCUACGUGAAGUUCACUGGCGCCGAGGCCUUCUGUCCUGUCGGAGGCGGAAGCUGCGGAGGUGUUCUCAACAGUGAUUACUCCUUCAUUUUCGGUUUGCCUCUUCCCUUGCUUGGCAUGUUGGCAUAUGGAUCAGUUGCAUUGCUUUCCUUGCAACAGUCUGGAAAGAAUUUAAUUUCUGGACUAGGUGAAAAUGAUACUCGCUUCAUUUUACUUGUGACCACCACUUCAAUGGCAACAGCGAGUGCCUAUUUUCUUUAUAUUCUAAGCACAAAGUUUGCUGGAACAACCUGUUCUUAUUGUCUACUCUCAGCCCUUCUAUCUUUCAGCUUAUUUUUCAUCACUUUAAAGGACAUUGGCUUUGAAGAGGUCAGAAAUGGGAUUGGUCUACAGUUGGCCAUUGCUGGUGUCGUGGUUGUGGCUUUAACAAAUACAUACAGUAUGGCUGAUACUCAACAACCUGUGUGAGUUUUGACCAUUUUAGAACUAUUAUCUGCAUUCUUCUCAAAAUUUCUGGUAUUCACUUAUUUAAUUCCCUUAUGUUCGUAUAUUUAAUAUUGGCCGGUUAGAUCUUUGUAAUCAUCAACGUAGUUCUUUGUCAAGUAAACAUCAGUAAAUAUUUCGAAUAUUUUUUUAGUCAUAGGACUCAUAAUCCCGAUGAAGAGCAUUAUGUUUAUUUUCUGUUUAAUGAAUUCCCAAUAGGAAUUGAUCUGCUGCAUCACUAACAUAUCGACCCUACUGUGGACUGAUGAUUGAUGACUAAUGAUCUGGUAGGAUCCAACUAAGAUCAGUGGCUUUAUGGCUAGCAGAAAAAAUGUUGUCUCAAGCUCAAAAUAAUGAAACUAGGUACAUGUUCAAACUUUACGGUCCUUAUGCAUUGGAUUCAUCUAAUUUAUGGAUCCAUUGUAAAGGCCACAUCUGAUAUCCAAUUGCCUAUUCUGCAAUCAGCAGAGCAACAUAUUGUGAAUUUGAAGCACAUUUUUUACUUUCAGUCCAACAAGUAGCAACUUGAUGUAGAUGCCAAUGCGAUUACGAUAAAUGUCAUGUGUUGUCGCAAAAAUAUGCAUAUCAUCGUCGAUAUCUGUUGUCUGACUGUAUGUGUACCUCAUGAUUACUCUUGAAACAUAGGAUCUCGACUAUUCCAUCUGUUAAAAUAUGUAUUUCCUUAACCAUGAGGUACAUAUACACACAAGUAGACUUAAAUCCUUAGAAAAUACUUCUAGUCCUAGAUCAAAAGGGUCUGAAUCCUGGUUCAUAAGAAUACUAUUAUCUUUACCAUGCAGAUUGCUCUGUUUUGAACACUAUCUGAAUUACUGUCCUUCCUAAUCCUACCUAGUUAAAGAAGGCUUAAAAUCUAGAAAAAAAAUGCUGCAAAUCAUUCACACUGAGAAUUUUACAAAGGAUAAGUUGGUACAACAAUAUGGUAAGAUAUGGCACAAAAAACAUGAGUGUCGUAUGAAUAUAAGUACAUUCACCUAGUUGCCUAGAUAGAACCGUUUCUUGACCGUGCCAGAUGCCACACAUCUCUUUUCAUCUACAAGUUUUGGGUUCUUUUGUGAGUUAAUAUUUCACUUAAACUUAUCUAUGAUUAGAUUCUUUGGAUAUACAAAUACUGCUUUAUAUGCUCUUUCUUUCUUUUCCCUUUGUUUUUUUUGGCAGAUUAAGUGACAUUACUUUGGAGCCAUAUGAAACUGAGAUAACUAAUCAGUCAACGCCUUUGGCUCUGUCUCUCGCAAAACACCUCCGUUCCAUAGGGGCAAAGAUGUAUGGGGCUUUCUGGUGUUCCCACUGUAACGAACAAAAGCAGGUAACUUUGUAUCGCAAUAUCUUUUCUCAAAGAAACUUAUUUUGCAUGAAAAAUUUGAGAAAGUGCAUUAGGAUGGUGUAACAGUAAUUAGUCAAAUUUGAUGGUCAAAUUAAGUUUUCGUAAUCCCUGUAUUUGCAGGAUCAUCAUGCACAAUGAUGGUCAAUUCGAUAAUUAUAACUAAACUCACGCAUGAUUUUUUCCUUGUUUGCCAAAAAUGUUUGCACAUAUUAUUUGCAACUGAAACAGAGUUAGUUCUUCACGAAGUUCUAAAUCUACUUGCUGUUGUCUCGCUACCUGCUGCUAUUGUUCGUCGAGGCUGUAGUGAAGAAGCACAAGACUCAUUGAACUUUUUUAUUCCUAUCAGCUCUGUGUUGCCAAUAGUCAGAGACUGUAACUCCAGCUCGGAAAGACAAAAGAAUUCUUACUUUAAACACCUUCCUUUCUGUGAAUCUAUAGUCACUGUCGUAUAUUGCAGAUGUUCGGAAGUGAAGCUACAAAAGUAUUGGACUAUGUCGAGUGCUUCCCUAAUGGUGCCGGCAAGGGAAGAACCAUGGCUUCAGAAUGUUCAUCCGUCGGAAUCCAAGGCUUUCCUACAUGGGUUAUCAAGGGCAAGAUCCUUAGCGGGGAGCAGGAUUUGCAAACCCUCGCAGAGGCAUCAGAAUUCGUUGCAGAUGAGUUUAGUCCAUCUUAAUCCUUAUCGAUAAGUUAGAUAGCCAAAUGAUAAUCCUAUAAUUUGUAAUCUUCUGCGAUCAUCUGAAAAUCAUUUUAUUAUAGGACUUUCGUAUAAUUAUCUGUCGAAUAACUUGAUGGUUGAAGAUUUUGAUGAUGGGAAUGGAAGAAAUUUUGUAUUCAGUCUGUCCCCACUUCAAAGUGGUUCAAGCACAAAAAAAGGAAACACUUUCCUUACACGCAACUUGCAGACAUUUAGAAGAAUUUGGGUCGAGACAAGUCGCCAUCACUGUGGGUUUUUUCCUCCAUUUCAUCCGACGGACUGUAUUGAAUCCAUCACGACACACGCGUCGAAUCCACGGCUUUGGUUCUUCCACAGGCAGUACUAAGGAUCGAAAGCUGACAGAGAGAGGAGUAGCGAAAGGAUGACGAGGACGAUGGCUCUGCUCCUCCUCGUCGUCGGCCUCGCGGCGACCUCCACUGCCACCGCCACCUUCACCUGCAACUCCACCGCCAACGCCACGUGCCGCUCCCUCGUCGGCUUCCAUCCCUCGACCCUCACCACCUACGGCGCCGUCGCCGACCUCUUCCAGGUCGACCUCCCUUCCCUCCUCGGCGCCAACGACCUCCCUGCCGGCACCCCCUCCGUCGGCGCCGUCCAGUCCGGAGCGCCAGUUCUCGUCCCGAUCCGCUGUCGUUGCCUCAACGGGACGGGAAGGUCGGACCGGACUCCGUUGUACACGGUCCAGGCCGGCGACGUGGGGCUGCUAAACAUCACGGCGGUGUGGUUUGGGAACCUGACGACGUACCAGGAUAUCGCGGCGGUGAACGGGCUGCCGAACGCGAACAACAUCGAGGUGGGGCAGAGCCUGUGGAUCCCGCUGCCGUGCAGCUGCGACGAGGUGGGCGGGGAGGAGACGGUGCACCUGGCGCACAUGGUGGAUCCCGGGAGCUCGGUGGACGCGAUCGCGACCGAGUUCGGGACGACGCCGGAGACGAUCAUUUCCCUCAACGGCAACCUCGACCCGACGCAGCUGCAGGCCUAUCAGAUCCUCGACGUGCCCCUCCGCGCUUGCUCUUCUUCCAUCUCCAACACCUCCGUCGACUACGGCCUCCGCCUCGCCAACCACAGCUACGUCCCCACCGCUGGCGGCUGCGUCACCUGCUCCUGCAGCGCCGCCACCUACCGAUUGGAGUGCUCUCAAUCCGGAGAAAGCUCCGUGUGCCCGUCGCCGGCCACAUGCCGACCCAACUUUUUCAUCGGCAACACCACCUCGACCUCCGGAUGCACCGCCAACACUUGCGCCUACGCCGGAUACACCAACAGCUCCGCCGCCGUUAGCGUCUUGACCACCAACGCCACCGUCACCAGAACAGAUUGCAACGAUGGAGGAAUGAGCUUGCAAGGAGUCAAGUGGAGUGGUGUUGCUCUUCUUGUGCUACAUAUCCUCUAUAUUUGUUUCCAAUGAGAUGUGUGAGUUCUCGUCGGUAAUUAGGGUAAUAAGCGCGCGGUCGCAUUAACAAGUGCCUUUUCUUUUAGUUACAUGAAUAAAUUGAGGACCAUCAAUGUAUCGAGAUUUAUCGUGGAGGCUCCUUCACGAAGUAGCAUUGAGUUUACGAGAUGACUAUUUCUUGUUCCAAUGAGAUGUGUGAGUUCUUGUUGGUAAGUAGGGUAGCGAG